GUGUGUUUAUAGGAGGAAGUCGCAGGGUUUAAUUUAGGUCUGUGCGGGCCUGAGGAAGAGAGAGGGGAAACCCCGGGUAGAGAGGACAGUCCCAGUGACCUGGGGGAGGCAGAGCUUGAUCCUGGUGGAGACUCCAAGGCUGGAGACGACAAGGCUUUUGGAAAGGAAGUUGUACUGCUGAUGCAGGCACUGAAUUCUCUUGCCACGCCUGAAGAGAAACUGGCAGCACUGUGCAAAAAAUAUGCAGAUCUGCUAGAGGAGAGCCGUUGCAUGCAGAAACAGCUGAAAGCCCUGCAGAAGAAGCAGUCUCAGAUUGUCAAGGAGAAGAUCCACCUGCAGGGAGAACACAGCAAAGCCAUCCUGGCCCGCAGCAAGCUGGAGAGUCUCUGCAGAGAACUCCAGAGACACAACAAGACACUGAAGGAGGAGAACGGCCAGCGGUCCAGAGAGUAUGAGGAGCAGCGGAAGGAGGCCAUGCUGCACUUCCAGAUGACUUUGGGUGACAUUGAGGUGCAGAUGGAGCAGCACAGCUCCCACAAUGCCAAGCUGAGGCAGGAGAACAUGGAGCUGGCCGACAAGCUCAAGAAGCUCAUAGAGCAGUACGAGCUCAGAGAGGAGCACAUAGACAAGGUGUUCAAACACAAGGAGCUGCAGCAGCAGCUAAUGGAUGCCAAGCUGCAAAGAAUCACUGAGAUGAUGAAAGAAGUGGAGGAGAAGCAGCAGCGGGAGAGAGAGUUUCUGCUGAAGGACGCCACAGAGUCCAGGCGCAAAUGUGAGCUGAUGAAAGAGCAAGAAUCUCAGCUGAAACAACAGCUCUCCCUGUACAUGGACAAGUUUGAAGAGUUUCAAAGCACUUUGGCUAAAAGUAAUGAAGUCUUCACCACCUUCAGACAAGAAAUGGAGAAGAUGACGAAGAAGAUCAAGAAGCUGGAAAAGGAGACAACGCAGUGGAGGACCAAGUGGGAGAGCAACAACCAGGCGCUGCUGCAGAUGGCCGAGGAGAAAACGCUGCGCGAUGGGCACUUCAAGGCUCUGCAGGGGAAGCUGGAGCUGCUGGAGCGCCUGUGCAGAGCUCUGCAGAAGGAGAGGAACGACCUGAGCAACCAGCUGAGCCUCCUUCAGGAGCAGAGGGACAAGGGGCCGGUGCCACCUGGCCCCGACCAGCACGAGGCCUUGCCCAUGGAGGACGAGGAAGACGAGGAGGAUUCUGAAGAUUUGGCGCACAAUGAAGAGCUGGAGGCGUGUGAGGAGCCCCCACAGCAUGCUGCUGAUAAACCCACUACUGCUGCAGCAACACCACCGACCAGGCUGCUGGAUUGAAGUUGCGAUGGGGCAGUCUGAAACAUUACCAUUACUAAAGAUUUACCCUUUCACAAUUGUAAACUAUAUCUUUUUGAUCUUUUUGUGUUUUUACACUUUGCUCAAUAAAAUUAUUGUAUGAAGAAUUGCC